UAAUUUAUAACUUUUAAAUGACGAGUUGAGGGCCAGUCCGCGGUAGUCAAGAGUUGUUUAGGUUCCGAGGCCAGUCGAACCAGCGAAGAGAUGACUUCUGAUUAUCAAGGUGGAAAGCGCUACGGCCAGCUUCGAAAAGUACAAGAGACAGAUCUUGAUGAGAUCAACAAGUCAUUCGUGACUAGCGGCGAUUACGAUGACGAGGAGGACUAUCCGGAUCUCAAUGAACGUUUGGAAUCGUACAAAAAACAGUUCAUGGAAUUCGACGAAGAUAACUCGGGUGACAUUGACAUUAUGGAGCUCAAACGAAUGAUGGAAAAGCUCGGACAAGCGAAGACCCACCUUGAACUCAAGAAGAUGAUCGCUGAGGUUGACACAACAAACUCAGGAACGAUUACUUAUCCUGAAUUUCUAACUAUGAUGCUUGGAAAGAAGUCAUCUGUUUUGAAAUUGAUCUUGAUGUUCGAAGAAAAGAAGAAGGAGAAAGCGAAGCCAACUGGCGUGGCACCAAAGAGAGAUUUGGCUAGCUUACCUUAAGCGUUAACGUAUCUGGUGUUAGUCUGUAAUAGUUUCGUAACCUUUUUCUGGGCGGUCACGCUUUUAGAGGAACUGGAGAAAUAUUGCGUGACUACCAAAAUCGGAUUCGGAGGAGACCAGAUAGAAUGAUGGGCUGAACGUUUUACGUGUAAUUUUCUAAUGAUAUUUUAGUCGUUUUAACGAUGAGAAACCUUUUACAAAUGCGUGUUUUAUCCGGAAAUCAACGAUCAUGCUCAGGAAAAUUAAUUAUAAUGAAUCCAAGUUUUUUUUUUUUAAAGUUUAGUCAAAAAUUACACUGAACUUGUGUUUUGUCAAUAGAACAUUAACGACUACUUGACGGUCAUGUUUUAUGAAAGCUGUAUGCGUGUUAGCUUUAAUGAAAUAUCCGUCUUUAAAGAAAGUAAGAAGAUGAAAUGAAUUACGUAUCUCAUUCGUUUUGUGACAGAGUGUGAGUUUUACACUUGGUUUUAUGAUAUUAAAAUUCUAUUUUCUCACGGC